UGUCCUAGCAAUAUACUAUUAUAUCUCAACCUUUCCCCCCUUCAUCCCUAAUUAGCGGUCCGACGGAGAGAGAUGAUGGCCUUCUCAACUGUAAUCUCAUCUUCUCCCCAGUUAUCCUUUCCAAGGAGACCGUUUCGCUGUUCUUCGAGUUCGAUGCUGUCGACCCCGUCAAAGCAAUUCGAUCUACGGACUUACUGGACAACCUUAAUCGGCGAAAUCAACCAGAAGCUCGACGAAGCAAUCCCUAUUGCAUAUCCAGAACGGAUCUACGAGGCCAUGCGCUACUCGGUCCUAGCCAAGGGAGCCAAGCGUGCCCCACCAGUCAUGUGUGUCGCUGCCUGCGAGCUCUUCGGCGGCCACCGCCACGCCGCUUUCCCCACCGCCUGCGCCCUUGAGAUGGUUCAUGCCGCUUCUCUGAUUCACGACGAUCUUCCCAGCAUGGACGAUGAUCUUGUACGCCGAGGCCGCCCCACAAACCACGCAGUAUUCGGCGUCGAUAUGGCUGUCCUCGCCGGUGACGCCCUCUUCCCGCUCGGGUUCGAGCACAUCGUUUCCCAAACCCCGCCCGAACUAGUCCCGGAGACACGUCUCCUCCGCGUCAUAGCGGAGAUAGCCCGUGCAGUAGGAUCCACAGGCAUGGCGGCCGGUCAGUUCUUAGAUCUGGAAGGAGAUGCGUCGGUGGAAUUUGUUCAAGAAAAGAAGUUCGGUGAAAUGGCGGAAUGCUCAGCGGUGUGCGGAGGAUUAUUGGGGGGUGCUGAAGACGAGGAGAUAGAAAGGCUGAGGAAGUAUGGACGGGCGGUGGGGGUACUGUAUCAGGUGGUUGAUGACGUGCUGGAAGCAAAGAGCAAGAGGGAGAGGGGAGAGGUGUGGAGCAAAAGGAGUAAGAGCUAUGCUGGGGUGUUUGGUAUAGAUAGGGCUCUGGAAUGGGCCCAGGAGCUUCGAUCCAAGGCUAUUGCACAAUUGGAUGGAUUGGAGAGACACGGUGAUAGGGUGACCCCGCUUUACAGUUUCGUGGACCAUGCCAUGUAUAGGGGUUUUGUUGUCGGUGGUGAUCAAACGGCUACCGUCGUCGAUCAGGAUGCGUCCACUUCUCAAGCAUAAUUUGUUUGUUAUAGACUUAUAGCGCCCCUUGAUAACUAUGAUCAAUAUUGUUCUUUUUUUUUUAUCACUCAUGUAUCAAUAUUGCAAGGAGCACCACUUAUCCCAUUAUUCUCUCGCUGAGUUUUUGGUAAUAAAUAUGUUUUUCUUUGCA